CUGACUCCGCGGAACGAACACCAAGCCGUGUGAACCAGAAGAUUCCUGAUACCAAACACGCUAUGGAAUGGCAUUGCUAUCCUUACAUCGGGGCAAUCAUGUAGUCUUAGGUCGCAUUUGGUCAUUUUAUUGUAUAAGGAGCGGUAUUGCUCAAGGAUUUGCACAUUCAUUUCGCUGGCGUGGGAGACUGAGAUACCAACUCCUUAUAACUAUAAGUUCAGAUAUCAAUCGGACAUUUGCGCGAUUGUAAACGUUGUAGUUAGUGCUUAUUACCUAAUUAAUAUAAGUUAGGAAAAUGUCAGGCCUAUGGAUGUGUGCAACAGGUUUUGUUUUAGUUCUAAGUAUUGCGAUACAGAUAGAAGCAGUCACAGUGAACCCGUUGUGUCCUACUAAUAAAAUUGCGCCUCAUCGUAGGGCGAGGCGAUUCAGAAAUUCUCAGCCCAGAACAUUUUACGCAUAUUACGAUUUAUUGAGACCAGGUGGGUCUUAUAAUGCACCCAGCAGUUUGCAAGAAAAGCCCCAGGAAGACUCUGAAGAUUGCGGAGAAAUAGAGGAUUAUGAUGAAAAUGACGUCAGUUCAGCUACAACAACUAGGGCAGGUAAUCCUACAUCAAAUAGAAAAUAUGGUUUUUAUAAUCACUAUGGUUUCUAUCGCCCAAUGCAAACAACAACUGCACCUAAACGACAAACUCGACCCCCUGCAGGAGGAUAUUUUGGAAAUAACGCAUACAAUCCACCCAAGCCUUUAAAUCCUACAGCUUAUUUAAAACCAGUACACGAGGCUGGUCAUGAACCACAUAUGACGUAUAAACCUGGUUUAGUCGGAGGUCCUAGUGGACACAUUAUAGGACUACACCAAGUUAAACCAACUAGAGCUCACCUGGAAUCUACUACACAUAAGAAAAAGUAUGAUAACCAUGUACACGAUUCCACAAUCAGAACUAACAGACAUACCAAUAAAAACAAACCCAAUGGAGAUCCAGGCAUAAUAGCUUCCUUUAUAGAUUUAUUUUCCAAAUAAAGCAAUAAAAAUGA